AUUCCAAUUCCAAGCCCCAAAUCCCAAGUUCGUCCGUUCUCAAACAAACAAAAGAAAAACUCUCGAUCUCAGCGAUUUCACUACCAAAAUCAAAGACAGAAUUACAGAAAAAAUUUCAAUUCGAAUUCGGAGAAAAUGGAAUCAGGGCAGAACGAUGAGUACAGAGCGAUCUUGAUCAAUUUCGAGCAGACGGAGCUUCGGCUUGGCUUGCCCGGCGGCGACGGCGGCGGUGGGAAGAGUAGUUCGGCGGGGAAGAGAGGGUUUAUGGAAACUGUGGAUUUGAAGCUUAAUUUAGCUUCUUCAAUGGCGUCGACGAAGGAAGAGGCAACGAAUUUGGAAGAGAUUAAAACUUCUUCACAACAGCCUAAUGAUUUUGCUAAACCUCCGUCGAAAGCACAAGUAGUGGGUUGGCCACCAGUACGAUCAUCUCGAAAGAAUUUAGGAGUAGUGUCGUCAAGGAAGGGGGGAGAUGAGGGCGGGGCCGGGGGGUCGUUCGUAAAAGUAAGCAUGGACGGUGCUCCUUAUUUACGGAAGGUGGACUUGAAGUUAUACGCCAGCUAUAAGGAACUCUCUCAUGCUCUUGCUCAAAUGUUUAGCUCCUUCACCAUUGGAAAGUGUGAAUCAGAAGGGAUGAAGGAUUUCAUGAAUGAAAGCAAAUCAGUAGACCUUUUGAAUGGGUCAGAAUAUGUACCUACUUAUGAAGACAAAGAUGGAGAUUGGAUGCUCGUUGGGGAUGUCCCAUGGGAGAUGUUUGUUGAUUCAUGCAAACGUUUGAGGAUCAUGAAAGAGUCUGAUGCCAUUGGAUUAGCACCAAGAUCAAUGGAGAAACAAAAGAACAACAGAAGCUGAGCUGUUUUUGUCAAUUUAACAAUUUGUUUGAUAUGGUACCAAUUUUCAAUUUUUUCUUCUUCUAAAUUAAUAUAAUAUAUCUAUAUAUAUAAGAACAAUUGGUGUUGAAUUUGUAGGGAUGCUAUAUAAAUUCAACAUUAGCAUAGAGUGGUUUUAAUUUCUACUUCAAACUUUAAUUUCUCCCAUCUCUAUAUUGCAUUAUUUUAUGAUAAUCAUCUUGACGUA